UGACUGACUCACUGGGUCUGGACCAAGACUAUAUAUACCGAGUCGAGACAAAGAGAUACAUUAUAGUACUCUGUACUCUGUACUCUCUGUCGGACCGAGACUCCAACCACCAUGUCACAGCAGGGUGAGGUAAAGAGGAAGAAGCGUCCACCAAUGAAGGAGGAGGACCUGAAAGGAGCCCGGAAUAAACUUGGAUUAAAGGGCGAGGUCAAGAGCAAGACUUAUGAGGUCAUGGUGGAGUGUGAGCGUAUGGGCAAAGUGGCUCCUUCUGUAUUCAGUGGUGUGAGGACGGGGACAGAGACGGUGCUGGAGAAGCCUGCUGCUGCCAAAACUCCAGGAGCCAGUGUGUUUGGCAAAUAGAGAAGGAGCAGCAGCUGCAACAGGAGGAGGAGGAGGAGGAGGAGGAGGAGGGUCAGAUCUACAGAUUUAUUUCAUAUGUUCCAACAAAUACUAAAAAUCAUAAAGUUAAAUUACUGCACAUACUGUAAAAAGACACAAAAGAUGAAACUAUCUUUUUGUUAUUGCAGUAACAUACAUGUGGUUUGAGCUGAGUGUCCAGGGAUCUGAACGACAUAGAGGGGCUGCAUACCUCUGACAAUGUUGUCAAAACUUAAAUGAUUCUUAAUUAUAACACAACCACAAACAUGUAAACUCCAUACGUAUAUUAUUACCUUAUUUGAUAUUGAAUGAUAUACGUAUGAUGACAAAUACUUUUUUACCAUAAAACAUCUAAAAAUGUUCCAAACUUCGGAGUAAAAACAAGAGUGACCCUUUUAAAGGUCAGCGGGACGUUUUGUUGUUGUUUUUUGUACAAUUGUAUGUUGUAUUGUCUUUCAUAUUCUUCUCUCAUGAUGUAUUUCUUGCUUUUCAUUCAGGCAACUGUCCAAGGACAUUUUUUGUUUGUUAGAAUGAUAGCAUUUUAUCACUUUAGUUGUGCAUAAGUCAUUUAUGUAUUAGAGAACAAAAAUCUUAAUUUCUAAACUUACAUUUGAAUACAUAAUAUCCCAAUUUACAUAUUUUUGUUGUUUGUUCAAUCUACAAAAAUCAAAUGUGGCAACAAAUAAUUGUUACUAACUCAACUGACACAAGUGUAUAACAUUUCAGACUUCCCACAUUAAGUAAAAUAAAUGAUUAGGUAUCUAUGUGUCUACAACAAAACCAUCUGUUCAGUUAUAGAGGAAGGGACAGGGGGAGGAAAAAUCAUGAGUGAGUUUAUUUUAAAAUUUCAAUUGAAAGCUUAACUCAAAAGCAAUGGAAUACCAGGCCCAACAAAACAAAAAUGAAAAGAAGCCUCCAGGCCAGCCAUUGUGACAAUGACCAAAGUCCAAAUCAUAGAAAAGCCAUGAAAUUUCAUGAUCUGUAAACAGUCAACCAUAUGAGGAAGAAAAUAAAGCUGAGCAGACUCUUGUCUCUUCCU